AUGCGGCUGGGCUUCGUCUCUCUCAUUCUCGCUCCCCUCCUCCUGGCCCUGACUGCCCUCGCGCUGCCGCUCCUCGUCCCCUCCCUCUUCAUCUCACAAGCUCAAGCAGAUCAGAUAGAACGAUUCUUCGCCGCAACCUCCGCAGACUCCGCUGCCAACACAACCUCUCACCAUGCGCAAACACACGGACACACAAACAAUUGGGCGGUCCUCGUCUCGGCCUCGCGCUUCUGGUUCAACUACCGGCACAUGUCAAACACUCUAGGACUCUACCGCGUCGUCAAGCGUCUGGGAAUCCCAGACUCGCAGAUCAUCCUCAUGCUGGCAGACGAUGCCGCUUGUGACCCGCGCAACCGCUUUCCAGGUAAUGUCUGGGCGGACAGCAAUCGAGCGCUAGACCUCUACGGCGGCGAGAUCCAGGUAGACUACAAGGGAUCCGAAGUCACAGUAGAGGCUCUGAUUCGCCUCCUCACGGGACGACACCCGCCGUCUCUACCAGCAAGCAAACGCCUCCUCUCCGACUCGAGCAGUAAUGUCCUCCUCUAUCUGACCGGUCAUGGCGGGGAGGACUUUCUCAAAUUUCAAGACGCAGAAGAGCUCGGCGCCUGGGACCUGGCCGACGCCUUGGGUCAGAUGGACGCAAAGAGGCGCUACCACGAGCUCUUGUUCAUCAUCGACACAUGCCAAGCGAACAGCAUGUACUCGAAGAUCUACUCGCCCAACGUCAUUGCGGUGGGAAGCUCGCAGGUUGGGCAGAACUCUUACUCGCAUCACACGGACGCGGAUUUGGGGAUCGCCUUGAUUGAUCGUUUUACGCGGUUCGUCUUGGGAUAUCUGGAUGGGAUCGAUAAGACGAGCGGAUUGAGGUUGGUGGAUCUCUUUGGCGCUUGGGACAGCGAGGAGCUGCACUCUGAUCCGGGCGUGAGGAGUGAUCUGCUGAGGACGAGGAAGUUGGAGGACGUCAAAUUGACGGAUUUCUUUGGUGGGAGGAGGAGGGGGGUGACGAUUGAUGCGCCCGCGCCAGGGAAGGGCAGAAGACGGCGUGCUGUCCACGGCGUAGGGAAAGAUGCCACGGCUGGAUAA